GUAGUGACACCGACUUCUCUCUCUGGCUUGUCCCACAAACGGAACGGAGGGCACCGGGCAAUGGGGAAGUAGUUCCGUUCCUUCCUUUUUGCUCAUUAGAGAAUCCAAUCCCCUCCGAUCAAAUCAAACCAUAGAUAAGAAGAAGGCGUUGACGAGAACUGCAAUUCCCCAGCCCUCCGGCGAACUUAAAACCCUGAACCCGACAUGAAGAUAGUGAGGAGAGACCUGGUCCGAGACGGACCCGGCAGCGUUAAGGUUUGCAGCUGAAGCAAAUUCCCGCUAUGGUGCCGGUGGACUCAGAUGAUUUGUGGUUUGCUUAUAACUUGAUUGCUCCCGGGGACUCGGUCAUGGCGGUUACUGUCAGGAAAGUUUUGAGAGAAGCUGCUUCUGGCGGAAGAGAUGCAGAGCGUGUCAAGUUGAAGUUGGAAAUAAAAGUUGAGGCUGUUGACUAUGACAAAGUUGGAACUGUCCUGCGUAUACGUGGAAAAAAUGUGCUUGAGAACGAACAUGUUAAGAUAGGUGCAUUUCAUACUUUAGAGAUAGAACUCCAACGCCCUUUUGUAUUGAGAAAGGGUGUUUGGGACUCUUUGGCUCUAGAUGUGCUCCAUCAGGCAUCCGAUCCUGGUGCAAGUGCUGACCUCGCUGUGGUUUUGAUGCAAGAAGGAUUGGCACAUAUCCUUCUAGUUGGCAGAAGCAUGACAACUACUCGUGCACGCAUAGAAACUUCAAUUCCGCGCAAGCAUGGGCCUGCUAUUGCAGGAUAUGAUUCGGCUCUGAAUAAGUUCUUUGAGAAUGUUCUACAGGCUUUCUUGAAGCAUAUUGACUUUAGUGUCGUUCGAUGCGCUGUUAUUGCUAGUCCAGGCUUCACAAAGGAUCAGUUUCAUCGUCACCUAUUGUUGGAGGCUGAAAGAAGACAGUUGAGACCUAUAAUUGAGAAUAAAUCGCGGAUAAUUCUUGUUCAUACUAGUUCAGGAUACAAGCAUAGUUUAAGGGAGGUCUUGGAUGCUCCAAAUGUUAUGAACAUGAUAAAAGAUACUAAAGCAGCACAAGAGGUUCGAGCUUUGAAGGAUUUCUUCGACAUGCUUUCAAAUGAUCCUGAUCGUGCAUGCUAUGGACCAAAACACGUUGAGGUUGCCCAUGAAAGAUUAGCCAUCCAAACACUCCUUAUCACUGAUGAUCUCUUCAGGAAUGCAGAUGUAGAAACACGGAAGAAAUAUGUUAAUUUGGUGGAAUCGGUCAAGGGCUCUGGAGGAACAGCUCAUAUAUUUUCAUCCAUGCAUAUCUCCGGGGAACAAUUAGCACAGUUGACUGGAAUUGCAGCGGUACUUCGGUUCCCUCUGCCUGACCUAGAAGAUAUAGAGAUGUGAUGGAAAGUUACUGCUCAGAGAUCAUUAUUUUGCUUGUUCAUCCAAUACGAGUCGUUAAAAUUCUGCUCCUGAAUAUCAUAAAGCAAAAGUAUUAUAUUGUGGUAUUGAGAGUAGUUAUGCAACUGAAAAUUUGUACCAAACCACAUUUGAAUUUUAAUGGUUAAUUUGAAUAGAGAAUUAUGUUUCCCAUCGCAA